AUGGCGACUGCGAUUCUCUCUUCUCGAGACUCUUUAACCCAUCGAUUCGAUCACGAAACCCUAAUCCACCGUAACCCUAACUCACGCCACAAGAUGGCUCCUUGCCGACGAAAGCGAACGGUGGUUGUAUCUCCGGCUAUGAAGACCAAUCUUGUUAUGGGACAAGUCAAGAUCUUAAAGCGUGGCGAGUCAUUGAGCGAGUUUCGGAACAAGAACGUCGAUCGAGAUAAUGAUACAAGACGACCUGUGCAGAAUCAAAUCGGAGCUUUAAUCCUCGUCAGAGAUUAUGCCGGUGCUGGUUGUUCAGUUUCUCCACCUCCAAGCUCUGUUCCGUUUCCUUGCUUUUUGGACAAGAACUAG